AUGUACGUCCCGAGUGACAGCUUCGGAGGCAAGUCCCCGGAGCGCCUUUCGGCGGACCAGCUCCGGAAGCUGUUCACGUUCGCGGCGGCGCGCAUCGUGUUGGCGCAGCUCGAGGGGAACGGGCGCGCCGCGCAGGUGGCGGGGUCGUCGGCGAGCUACAACAGCGAGCAGCACUCGACGCUGCACGCGCACCUCCUGGACGUGCGCAUGGCGGACCCCGAGGAGUGGCUCGGCGCGCUGAUGCGCAAGAACACCAGCCUGGCCAUGCGCGUGAUCGAGGUGCGCAAGGCGUACGCGGAGGACGACUUCGAGUGGCACAAGCUGCAGGAGAUCGCCAAGAAGGACAUCGCGCUCGGCAACCAGGCGCUCAUGCGCGACGUCGCCGAGAGCAGCUUCAGCGCCGAGGCCGUGCAGGGCGCCGGGUCGCAGGACGACGACGGCGGGGCGCACGCGCCCUCGCCGCGCGCCUGA